AUGGGCGACAACAACUUCCUGCACCUGGCGCGUCCGCUCGCCCCCGCCGCCGUCUCCUCCGGCGCCCCCAGCACCGCCCCCGUCGCCGUCACCGUCCAGCCGCAGGCCCUCUUCAGCAUCCUCGACCACGCAUCGCGACGCCCCGCCGAGCAGGAGCGCGUGAUCGGCACCCUCCUGGGCACCCGCUCGGAAGAUGGCACCGAGGUCGAGAUCCGCAACUGCUACGCCGUCCCCCACACCGAAACCGCCGAGCAAGUCGAAGUCGACAUGGACUACCAGAAGCGCAUGCUCGAAUUGCACCUGAAAGCCGCGCCCAAGGAGAUCCUGAUCGGGUGGUAUGCGACCAGCAGCGAGCUCAACACCUUCUCCGCCCUCAUCCAGAACUUCUAUUCGCAGCAAGGCGAGGGCACCUUCCCACACCCCGCCGUCCACCUCACAGUCUCGACGAUCGCUGGACAGGACGUCAAGGCGGACACCUACAUCAGCGCGCCGAUUGGCGUGACGGCAGAGCGUGCGGCGGAUUCGUGUCUGUUCAUUCCCGUACCGCACGAGAUCAAGUACGGCGAGGCGGACAAGAGUGGGUUGGAGUUGAUUGCUGGCGCGAGGGAUAGAGAAGACCGGUCACAACUGCUGCAGACGGAUAUUGAGGUGCUGGAGCGGGCGAUUGAGCAGGUGUUGGAAAUGCUGGAGCGCGUGAGCAACUACGUGAGCAACGUGCUGGAUGAGGAGGCCGAGCCCAGCAGUGCGUUGGGCCAGUUCUUGAUGAACACGCUCAGUCUGGGACCCAAGGUGGAUGCCGAGAGCAUUGAGAAGGACUUCAACAACCACGUCCAAGAUGUCCUCCUCGUCUCCUACCUCGCCAACACCAUCCGCACCCAAAUCGACCUCUCGAACCGACUCGCAACCGCCGCCCUCACCAUGGGCUCCGGAGAAAGCAACUCAAAUGCCGAGCAAAAGGGCGACCGCAAGGGUGGCCAGCAGAAUCAGCGAUCAGGAGCUGGCCAAGGAGGCCGGCGGGGUGAGCAGUAG